AUGUGUGGAGACAUAGAUUCUUGCCCUGGGCCACAAGUAGAUGAGAUAAGAUGUGUACCGAAAUUGAGUACUCUACUGGAUCAAGGAGGCUUGAAGAUAUUUCAUCAAAAUGUGAGGGGUCUUUUCUCGAACAGACUUUAUCUAACAGAGUUGUUUCAGAACUUUAAAGGUAUUGAUAUUUUAACGUUAAGCGAAACCCAUAUAACAGAACAAGACCCUGAGUCACUUUUUGAGAUCCCUGGCUACACAUUUGUUAGUAACUAUAGAAAAACGGGCAAGGGCGGUGGUGUAGCGGCUUAUAUUUCGAACAAUAUUGUGUGGGAGCGCAGACAAGACCUGGAAAACGAAGUUGUUGAAUCUAUUUGGAUUGAGAUUACACUUAAGCAUGGAAAGAAUAUUCUGAUAGGAAUAUUUUAUCGGCCUCCAGACAGUUCAAAAUAUCUACAUCGGGAUUUUAACAAUACCUUUAAUGAGGUAUUGUCAUCAGUAAGCUCUGAGCCAAGUGAAUAG